AUUCCCUGCCAGGCUGGGGCUGCAUGGCAGCACCCGGCAGCGUCUCAGCUGCUUUUCAGGAGCACCUGCAGCACCUGGGGCUGCAGGACUUCCCCUGUGGCCUUGGCAGCUGGAACAAAUCCUGCCACAAUGCCAGCACGAGGCCCCGGGCACAGCCAGCAGGGCUGGAGGAGGCCGUGCCACCAGGAGAAGAAACCCCUGAGGUGCUGCUGGAGCUGCUGAGAGACCAGCACAGCCCCUGGGCACUGCCCCCCGACUGCAGCCCCCAGGACCGGCUCCUGCGGGAAGUGGCUGUGCUGGCACCCGAGCUCCUCCGUGGCUCCAGAGUCUUCCAGGUCAUCAAGUCCCUGCGGAUACUCGACAAGGGGGUGGAGGAAGUGGAUGAGGGUCUGCUGCGGUUCCAGCAGCUGGAGGAACUCAUCCUCAGUGCCAACCACAUCAGCAGAGUAAACUCAGCCCACCUGCCCCGGACUCUGAAGGUCCUGGAGCUCUGCUAUAAUGUUGUGGGUGAUCUGCAGGACCUGUCUGCUCAGCCACCCCCCGAGCUCCAGCACUUGGGGCUGGGCUACAACCGGCUGUGUGGCCCUUUCCAGGAAAAGCACUUCACUGUGGAUUUCUGGCCAAACCUUGUCUCCCUUGACCUGAGCUUUAACAGCCUCACAGACCUGCUGGGGCUGGUCUCCCAGCUGUCCACUCUGCAGAACCUCCGCAUCCUGAUGCUCCAAGGGAACCCACUGGCUCUCAUCCCCACUUACAGAGGCUUCCUUGUGGACAGCCUGCCCAAGCUGUUCAUCCUCGAUGACAUCCAAAUAUGGCCUGAAGAGAGGCAGCAGUUCCGUGGGCUGGCAAGGCAGCCAGAGCUGAUCAGGAAUGAAGCACGAGUGGUUGUGAGCAUUGGGGACAUGAAGGGGCUCCCUGAUCCCAAAGCUUUUCAGCAGCUGGAGGUUGGCUCCGAGGGUCCAUUGAUCACCUACAGCUACUAUGUGACCUACCAGUUUGCAGGAGGAGGGGAGCCCAAGGACAAGGGCAGUCCUGAGGGAACAAAAAUCCACCAGAGUUCCACAGUGGCCACACUGGAUGUGGACAGCUCUGCUCAGGACACAGGAGAAACGAAAAGCCAUCAGAAACCUCCAGCCACAGAGGAGCCCAAGGCCCACUCUGCGAGGGUGUUUGCCACCCCUGGACAGCCCUGGGCAGACACCAUCGACUGCAGCUACAGGAAGGAACACAUUGCCAAGAACUUGGUGGGGCUGAAGUCCUACCUGGAGACUGGAACAAUUGUCUCAGUUGUGGAGGAGAAGGUGCUCGCAUGGCCUGUAGAUCCAGAAGAAAAUGCUGUCACAAAUAAGGAAGGACAGGAGCUGAAGAAGAACCGUGCAAAGGACAAGCAGAAAAAGAAGAAGAAGCAGUCAUAUGAAUUCCGCAGCGACCCUCCCAUUCACAGCACCCUGGGCACCACGAGGGUGACCUUAGAGACCCUGCUGGCCACCGAGGACCUGGUGGCAACUGUGUGUGACUUUGGGAUCCUGAUCCCUGAGAAACCACCAGAACCACCAGUUCUGGAGGAGAAGGAGGUCAAAAAAGGCAAAGACAAGAGCAAAAAAUCCAAAGCAAAGAAAGGAGACCAGAAAACCGCAUCUUCCGAAGGAAAAGGAAAAAACAAAGACACUGCUGAAGCAGAGGAGGGUCAAGAACUCCAGCCAGUGCCGCUGACAGUUCAAUUCCAGAUGCAGCUGCUUCGAUGGCCCUUGGCAGCCAACACCCAGAGCCAGAAGAACGUGGCCAGGCCCGUGGGGAAGACUCAGUGAUGUGUCCACAGCAGAAGCACGAGUGGAAAUAAACCACACGGGAACGCUG